GCUGCAUGGGCUGGACCGAGGAGUCAAUGGGAGCAGGCUAACUUAACGCUGGCUAGCGUUCAACUGGAAAACCUAGCUAGGCUAUCUUGGCCACUUUAGCUAAUGCACUCGGGUAAAGUGUUUGAAAACCAGUCUUUUUCUCAUAAGAGUAGGACUACACUUUCGUGCAUGGGAAGCAGGCGACGUUUGCAGCGGCUGGCUAAAAACGCUUCAAGGUGGCGACAGACAAAGUUGCUGGUAAGCUGAGUUCUACUCUCUCAUGGGUGAAGAACUCGGUGUCCCACACGGUCAGUCAGAUGGCUAGCCAGGUGGCCACGCCCACAUCCCUGCAGACCACUGCUACCUCUUCCUCUACGUCUUUGUCCUCGCCUGCUCUCUCACCGUCCUCGCCGGGGCAGCUCAGUCCUGAUGAUGUGGAACUGCUUGCCAAGCUCGAGGAGCAGAACAGGCUGUUGGAGACGGACAGCAAGUCGCUGCGCUCCAUGAAUGGCUCCAGGCGGAACAGCGGCUCCUCCCUGGUGUCCAGCUCCUCCGCCUCUUCCAACCUCUCCCACCUGGAGGAGGACUCGUGGAUUCUCUGGGGACGAAUUGUCAAUGAGUGGGAGGAGGUGCGCAAGAAGAAGGAGAAGCAGCUCAAGGAUCUUGUCAGAAAAGGGAUUCCCCACCACUUUCGGGCAAUAGUGUGGCAGCUGUUGUGCAAUGCCCAAAAUAUGCCCAUCAAGGAUCAGUACUCUGAACUCCUGAAGAUGACGUCGCCCUGCGAGAAGCUGAUUCGCCGAGACAUCGCCCGCACUUAUCCCGAACACGAGUUCUUCAAGGAGAAGGACAGCUUGGGCCAGGAAGUGCUCUUCAAUGUCAUGAAGGCUUAUUCUCUGGUGGACCGUGAGGUCGGCUAUUGUCAAGGAAGUGCAUUCAUUGUGGGACUGCUACUCAUGCAGAUGCCUGAGGAAGAGGCUUUCUGUGUGUUUGUCAAGUUGAUGCAAGACUACAGAUUACGAGAGCUCUUCAAACCCAGUAUGGCUGAGCUGGGACUCUGCAUGUACCAGUUUGAGUGCAUGAUCCAGGAGCAACUGCCUGAGCUGCACAUGCAUUUCCAGGCUCAGAGCUUUCACACCUCCAUGUAUGCCUCUUCGUGGUUCCUCACCAUCUUCCUCACCUCCUACCCUCUGCCCGUCGCCACAAGAAUCUUUGAUAUCUUCAUGUGUGAGGGUCUGGAGAUAGUUUUCCGUGUGGGACUUGCCAUCCUUCAGAUGAAUCAGACUGAACUCAUCCAGCUCGACAUGGAGGGAAUGUUACAGCACUUUCAGAAAGUCAUCCCACACCAGUUUGACAGUGGACCAGAUAAGGUCAUCCAGGCUGCCUACCAAGUCAAGUACAAUGCCAAGAAGAUGAAAAAGUUAGAGAAAGAAUACACUACAAUCAAAACUAAAGAGAUGGAAGAGCAGGUGGAGAUCAAGAGGCUGCGGACAGAGAACAGGCUCCUGAAGCAGAGGAUAGACACACUAGAGAAAGAAAGUGCUUCCUUGGCAGAUAGAUUGAUCCAGGGACAAGUGACUCGAGCUCAGGAGGCAGAGGAGAACUACCUGGUCAAGCGGGAGCUGGCCACAGUCAAACAGCAGAGCGAGGAGGCCAGUGCUCAGCUGGAGCAAGCCAAGAAAACCAUCAUGCAGCUGCAGCAGCAGCAGCAGCCACAAGCGAAGGGAGCCCCUCGCUACUCUGAGGAGUCUGUCCUGCAGCUGGAGAGAGAGCUUGUGCAGGCCCGACUGAAGGAGGCAGAGUCCCAGUGUGCGCUCAAGGAGAUGCAAGACAAGAUCCUUGAUAUGGAAAAGAGGAACACGUCGCUACCAGAUGACACCAAUGUGGCACGACUACAAGAGGAGCUGAUUGGGGUGAAGCUAAGGGAAGCAGAAGCUCUGACUGGCCUGAAAGAGCUGAGACAGCAGGUCAGAGACCUGGAAGAGCACUGGCAGCGUCACUUGGCACGCACCACUGGUCGCUGGAAGGACAGUCCCAAGAAGAACGCCUUGAGUGAGCUACAGGACGAGCUGAUGACUGUGAGGCUGCGGGAGGCCGAGGCCCAGGCAGAGCUGAGAGAAUCACGGCAGCGGAUUCUGGAGCUGGAGACACAGAGUCAGAUUCACAGCAACCAUCUGCGACGAGCGGAGCAAGAGGGUCGCAGUCUCCAACAGCGCGUGCAAACACUGACGGUGCAAAACAAAGAUCUGCAUGUGCAACUGCAAGAGAUUAAGCGGAGACAAGCUGAGAUUGAAUGCAAGAGUAAGGAAGAGGUGAUGGCAGUGAGGCUGAGGGAAGCUGACAACAUUGCUGCUAUGGCGGAACUCCAGCAACAGAUCUCAGAGCUUGAGAUCGAGAAAGAAGAAGGAAAGGUCCAAGGCCAGCUGAACCACACAGACUCGAGCCAGUACAUCCGUGACCUCAAAGACCAGAUAGCAGAACUAAAACAUGAGAUUUGCUGCUUAAAAGGGCAGAGGGGCUUGGCCAGCCAGCCCACUUUUGAUGGGAUCCACAUCGUCAAUCACUAUGCGGGGGAUGAUGAGUCCUACCAGUCUUCAGAUGAAGAUGGAGUCAAGGACCCCAGCCUCAAGGACACCCAGCAGAGCAGCAGCAGCAGUAGCCGUAUCAGACUGCACCCCAACCUCGGGGACAGCGAAAGCGAGGAGGAUGACGGGGAGGCCCUGCGGCUCUCUGUCCCUCAGAGCAAGUCCACCACUGUGUGACAAGCAGGGGUUGCCUGCCAGAGUCGGGACACAGGCUGUCAACACUCACUGACGAAGAGGGGGUGUUUCCAGCAACCAUUUCAGAGGAGAAGUCUGGAUGUGGAGUUCUGAGUUUCAGAGAGGAUAUACAUCAACAUUUCAUAUCACGAGAAUCACACUUAACGGAUUUAGUUUUUUUUCUGUUUCGUUUACCUCCUAUUUGUAGUUUUUGUUAUCUUCUUGAGGGCAGCAAACACCUGACAGCUGGCACAUCAUCAGUCUGGACCUGAGCAAAGAGUUAAAUUAUAUGGAACGUAUUAAACUCUACUGGACCACAGAAACUGGAGGAGGAGGAGGAGGAGGUGGAGAAAGAGAAAGAGAAAGGGGAGGGGUUGAGGGAGGAGGGGCAGUCUGUCUGUCAAUCCGCCCCCCUGUCGGUACACCACAGAGAAAGAGACUGUGCAAUAAAACAUUUUAUGCUCUACUACACACUUCAUCCAAUGUAUUUUUAUAUUUUUAAAGCAUUUUAUAAAUGAACAUCAACAGCGUAUUGAUGCCGUUACUACUAAGUGUCCGUCAUGCAGAGGCAGAAUUGUAUGAGUGCUGUGUGUGUAUAUAUAAAUAUAUAUGUAUGGUGUUGAUGAGCUUGGUCAGAGCCUGGUAUCAAAGCCACUUGUAUCAGCCAGCGUUGAUUGAGGUAAUGAUGACCUUUAGGCCUUAGCACAUGCCGCAUGCCUUUCACCUGGGCUGGUGUAUCACAAGCUCGUUGUGACAUCUGAAUACUUGUAGAUAUGUAAAUGUGUAUUAAGUUUGUUUGCUUAUUUGUUUUGUUUUUUUUCUCAACUCCUUUUGAACUUGAACAUAUGUAUCUCUUGCAUAUCUGACGGUUAGAAUAUAUUGUACAAUACAGAAAAAAGGGACAUAUAGUUUAGUUUAUUAUGGUAACACAAAUGACAAAUCUGGUUUUUGAGAUGAGUGAGUUGAAUUCCUGUUAAGAGAAAAAGAUCUUUCCUCCUUAGAAGACAUCAUCUAACAUGAAUAAUGAGUGCAGACAGAAGAGGACAGAUUUGUUGCUCAGAGUUCUCUGAAAGCAUCCAGACUUCACUUUCACAAUGAGCUGUGCAGAGCAGCACAUAGGCCGAUGAGUCAAACAUGAGUAAUGUCUAUCAUAUGUUUUUGUGCAUCACAAAUUGACGGUCCUAGGGAGCUGGAGAUGGGAGAUAAGACAACAUACGUUUGUACACUUUAUAACAUCUGGAGAAGAAUCGGGAGUGGCACCAAAGUAAGCACUAAGUUCUGUAUGGUGCUCAAGCACAAGCUAGAUCCACUCCAUUUCAUGUGCAAGGACCUGGAUGUGUAAGAGUGAAUUUUUCUGAAUGUCCAUACUGAACACUAACUCCUGUAUUCAGUGAAAGACAGUCAGUUCCAGGAAACAGAAAAGACUGUGACUUUGACUUGGUAAUUACUAUGUCCCUUUGAUGAACAAGAUACCCGCUGUGUCAUUUGACGGGAGAGGAACACUUCAUGGCACUUUUCAAGUCUGCAGUGCAGUAACACAUGGCAACACUAUGGAGCAGUCAGCACACUCUGGGGACUAAAUGAGACUGUUGUAUGUGUAUGUGUGUGUGUGUGUGUGUGCGUGUGCGCGCGUGCGAUGAG